AUAAUACUUGUAAGGCGUGUGAGUAGUAUUUUUCAUGGUGUUGGUAGCAAUACUUAAUUUGUUGGGGUGUUGGUAUUGAAUUGCGUGGGUGCAUAUAGUAAUACCGAAUGUUCAGCUCGCGCAUUCUUCACUGUAUUCUAUUCUAUCGAUCCUUUUCUUCUGCAGUGAGAGGUGAAGCAACGAAGCAGACAUGGCAGCUAUUCGGAUGAUAGAUAUUGCUGUUAACUUCACAGAUGGAAUGUUUAAAGGAAUCUACAAUGGCAAACAAUGUCAUGUUGCUGAUAUUCCAACCGUUUUGAACAGAGCUUGGGCUGCUGGUGUUCACCGAAUCAUCGUAACUGGUGGAUCCCUUCAGGAAUCAAGGGAAGCUCUUGCCAUUGCUGAAACUGAUGGAAGACUUUUCUGUACUGUUGGUGUGCAUCCAACACGUUGCAAGGAAUUUGAGGAGAGUGGAGAUCCUGAAAAGCAUUUUCAGGAUCUUUUGUCAUUGGCUAAAGAGGGAAUUCAGAAAGGAAAGGUGGUUGCAGUUGGAGAGUGUGGAUUAGACUAUGACCGGCUUCAUUUUUGCCCCGCCGAGAUUCAAAAGAGGUAUUUCGAGAAGCAAUUUGAAUUGGCAUACAUCACAAAAUUGCCUAUGUUUUUGCACAUGCGAGCAGCAGCUGCUGAUUUCUGUGAAAUAGUUGAGAAAAAUAAGGACAGGUUCUCUGGUGGUGUCACCCAUUCAUUUACCGGUAGUAUGGAUGAUUGCAUUAAGCUUCUCUCAUUUGAUAAAAUGUACAUUGGCAUAAAUGGGUGCUCUAUGAAGACAGCUGAGAACCUUGAUGUUGUCAAGGGUAUUCCUGUUGAAAGAAUGAUGAUUGAGACAGACUCACCCUACUGCGAAAUCAAGAAUACUCAUGCCGGAAUAGGUUUUGUUAAAUCUACAUGGCCUUCUAAGAAGAAAGAAAAGUAUGAUCAAGAGUGUAUUGUCAAAGGCCGCAAUGAGCCUUGUUCAGUUAGGCAAGUUCUUGAGGUGGUUGCUGGCUGUAAAGGCAUCAAUGACGUGGGUAACCUCAGUAGAACAUUGUACCACAAUACUUGCAGGAUGUUUUUCCCGCAUGACUUGGAUUCUGCAGCUGAUGCUCUUUUAGCUGGCGACAAUUCUUCAUAAACAGAUUACAGAUAUGUUGAUGACUUUGCUCUUCUCUUUGCUUUUAUUCAAAGCUGUUCAGCUGCUCCAUCCCCAAUUCUUGAGAGAGAUUACGCAGUAUCCUUUGAAGUGAAACUGAAAAUGCUUGUACUGCUCCUUUGCGAGAAAGGGAUAUAUCUAGAAGUGUUUAUUAGCAGUCUGACGAGUAUGUGAGUGUCAGAUUGUUGUAUUCUAUUUUAACGAACAUAUGAUAUGGAAAACUAUUAUGAUACUUGUACCAAAAACAAAACUAUUAUGAUAAAGGUUCCAAUGGGCAGUUAUAUUUUUGCUUAUAACAAAGGAUGGAUUGGAAAA